GUGUCAACUGUCACAAAACCUGAACGCAGCAGCAGAAGAAGAGUCGUGUGCUUUAAACCACCGAUCAGACAGCUAAGAGGAAACCAAGAAGGAAAGCACUGAGGACUCAAACAGAAUCUCCAUCUUAACGAGUUCUGGUUGAUUUAGGGGUGCUGAGCACUCACAUCUAUCAGCACCAUGGGGGAACUCUUCAGAAGCGAAGAGAUGACACUGGCUCAGCUCUUCCUCCAGUCAGAAGCUGCCUACUGUUGUGUCAGUGAACUGGGAGAGAUCGGGAUGGUGCAGUUUCGUGAUCUAAAUCCUGAUGUGAACGUGUUCCAACGGAAGUUUGUCAAUGAGGUACGCCGAUGUGAGGAGAUGGAUCGCAAACUGAGAUUUGUGGAGAAAGAAAUAAAGAAGGCCAACAUCCCAAUAGUUGACACAGGAGAGAACCCUGAAGUCCCCUUCCCAAGGGACAUGAUUGACCUGGAGGCCACAUUUGAGAAGCUCGAGAAUGAGCUGAAAGAAAUAAACACCAAUCAAGAAGCCCUAAAGAAGAACUUUCUGGAACUGACGGAGCUCAAGCACAUCCUGCGUCGCACACAACAAUUUUUUGAUGAGAUGGAGGAUCCCAGUUUACUGGAGGAGUCGUCCACCCUCAUGGACCCCAAUGAGCCUAACCGAGGGGCUCCUCUGAGACUCGGGUUUGUGGCUGGAGUCAUUGGUAGGGAACGUAUUCCCACAUUCGAAAGGAUGCUGUGGAGAGUUUGCAGAGGAAAUGUGUUCCUGAGGCAGGCAGACAUUGAAGAUUCUCUGGAGGACCCAACUACCGGUGACCAGGUCCACAAGUCUGUUUUCAUCAUCUUCUUCCAGGGAGACCAGCUGAAGAAUAGAGUCAAGAAGAUCUGCGAGGGGUUUAGAGCAACCCUGUACCCGUGUCCAGAAACACCCCAGGAGCGGAAAGAGAUGCUAGCAGGGGUUAACGCACGCAUAGAGGACCUGCAAAUGGUGCUGAACCAGACUGAGGAUCACAGGCAGAGGGUCCUGCAGGCUGCAGCCAAGACAGUCAGAGUGUGGUUCAUCAAGGUCAGGAAGAUGAAGGCCAUCUACCACACCCUCAACCUCUGCAACAUUGACGUCACUCAGAAGUGUCUGAUCGCCGAGGUGUGGUGUCCCGUCUCCGACCUGGACUCCAUCCAGUUUGCUCUGCGCAGGGGAACGGAGAAGAGUGGCUCCACUGUGCCUUCCAUCCUUAAUAGGAUGCAGACCAAGCAGACCCCACCCACCUAUAACAAGACCAACAAGUUCACCUCAGGCUUCCAAAACAUUGUGGAUGCCUAUGGAAUUGGCAGCUACCGUGAGAUUAACCCAGCACCAUACACCAUCAUCACCUUCCCCUUCCUGUUCGCCGUUAUGUUCGGUGACCUGGGCCACGGGGUGCUCAUGACCUGUGCUGCCCUGUACCUUGUGUUGAGGGAGAGCAGGCUGAUUGCCAUGAAGAACGAUAAUGAGAUGUUCAACAUGGUGUUUUCAGGCCGUUACAUCAUCCUGCUAAUGGGAAUCUUCUCAAUCUACACUGGGAUCAUUUACAACGACUGCUUCUCCAAGUCACUCAACGUGUUUGGCUCAGGCUGGAGUGUCAGGCCCAUGUUCGACCCCCGAGUAGGAGGCAACUGGACGUUUGAAACACUUGAGGGCAAUAAGGUUUUGCAGUUGGACCCAGUAAUAGACGGAGUGUUCAAAGGACCAUACCCCAUUGGCAUCGAUCCGAUAUGGAACAUUGCCACCAACAAGCUGACGUUCCUGAACUCCUUCAAGAUGAAGAUGUCUGUUAUCUUGGGAGUCAUCCACAUGCUGUUCGGAGUCACUCUUAGUCUCUUCAACCACCUGUAUUUCAAAAAACCUUUGAACAUCUACUUGGGAUUCAUCCCAGAAAUCAUCUUCAUGUCCAGUCUGUUUGGCUACCUUGUCAUUCUGAUCUUCUAUAAAUGGGUAUCAUACGAUGCACGCACCUCGAAGGAAGCCCCUAGUCUGCUCAUCGCCUUUAUUAACAUGUUCCUCUUCAACUACAACGAUCCGAGUAACAAACCUCUCUACAGAGGACAAAUGGGUCUCCAAAUAUUCUUGGUGUUGAUGGCCUUGGCUUGUGUUCCAUGUAUGUUAAUAGUGAAAACUCUAGUUCUGCGGAGGCAGCAUUUAUGGCGUAAAAACUUGGGUAUGCAGAACUUUGGAGGGAUCAGGGUGGGCAAUGGGCCCACUGAGGAUGAGGCUGAAAUCAUCCAGCAUGACCAACUUGCACAGCAUUUCGAGGAAGACCCUGAGCGUUGCCUUUUGUCACCUGCUGUCAAGGCCUGCGAGGAGGAAGAGUUUAACUUUGCAGACGUGGCAGUGCAUCAGGCAAUCCAUACCAUAGAGUACUGCCUGGGCUGCAUCUCCAACACUGCUUCCUAUCUGAGGCUUUGGGCCCUCAGUCUGGCUCACGCACAGUUGUCAGAGGUGCUCUGGUCCAUGGUGAUGCACAUUGGACUUUCUUCUAGAAGCUUCGGUGGCUUCUUCCUUCUGGCCAUCAUCUUUUAUUUCUUUGCAGUUCUCACAGUUGCCAUUCUUCUCAUUAUGGAAGGCUUGUCAGCCUUCUUGCAUGCACUGCGACUGCACUGGGUGGAGUUCCAAAACAAGUUUUACUGUGGCCAGGGCUUCAAAUUCCUCCCCUUCACCUUCGAAAGCAUCCUGGAUGGGAGGUUUGAGGACUGAGGUUGACUGACAGCUCCUCUUCUCUUAUUGUCACUGAUCUCUAGAAAAUCUGUGUGGUCUUGAAUAGUUUUUUUGUUUGUUUGUUUUGUUUUUUUUGGAUGUGUGUGUGAUGCAGUUUCCGACUUUCCCAGGUGUUACCACAUCUGCAAGACAUGACGACACCAUGAAAUGAAUUCGUCAGACGACCUAUUUGUUUUAAACUUCUCAUCUCUUUUUAAAAUCAGCAUCAAAAUCUGGAACAUGUACUCAGAAAUUACCAUUCAUUCAUUCCUACGGAAAAUAGCAUAAUAUCUGUUAUGUGUCUUAGUGAAGUAAUUUUCUUUUUACCUGUGUUUUAUUUAGUUUAAUAUUAUUUAUGCUAAUUUUUCUUUAAUAAAACUUUUGCAUCUUUUUUGCACUACCAAUCGUAAAUGAGGUCUGUUAUGUGCAGGUGUUUUUGACUGAUUAUGUUGACAGAUGUUUAUUCAGAGCAAAGGAGUGUUUUGCAUUUUCCUGUCUGUCAACACAUUGUCGUAACCAGGUCGUCUUUCUUUCUGCAUUGGCAUUGUUGUUCAACAAUCAGCAUCUUGUGCACAGAGCAUCUUAUGUGUUUGAAUUCAAAAUCACCCACUGUGUUAAACUGUAUACUGGCUUCACACGCAGAGCUAUCGAUGUCCAAAGGGAAUACAAUUAAACUACAUGAGGAUGUCAGUCAGUGUCAGUGCUUUGAAUGUGCAAAUGAAACGGCUGUUUAAAAGCUGCAUUGUGCUCUAACAUUGCAAUAAAUGUCCUUUGUGUUUAGUGAUGUGUAGGCGGAUGUUCUGUAACAAUCUAGAAGGCUAACAUGAUUCAGCAGUGUCGGUCGUGUUGAUUUUUUUUUUUUUUUUUUUUCCUUUGCUGAUUUCAAUUGUGUAUUCAAGUUUAAAAUAUUAUUGUCACAUAUAAUAAGUAAUGAGAAAGGUAUAUACAGCAGACAUAUUCAAGUAGACGUCAUUGCUCAGAAAUCAUUUAACAACCAUAUGAAGUGCACCUCUGUCAAUAAAGCGGGAAGAGCCGGAUUAAGACAA